UAUCUAGCUGCAGUUUACCUAAAUGUGGUAAUUUUUCGUUUAUCGAUUUGAAAACAGAAUACCACUAUUACAUUAGAAAUAAUACCAACCCAUCUGGCAACACUUCUGUCAGUUGUCUAGGCACCCCUACACUGUUCUCAUUCCACUUGUCCGGAUGACUCAUUUUUUGUUGCAUUUUUGCGAUGCAAAACGGGGUGGGUUGACGACUGCUAUCGGUCGUUUGCUGCUUCAUUCACAAAACCGUACGCUCACGCAUCGAGUCGCAGACACCCAUUACGUUGUGCCCGUCUCGACCAUUUUUCAGUAACAUUCGAAAGGAGAACAGAGCGUGUGCAUGUCGAGUGCAAUUCCCAAGGGUGCAUUAUGAGUGUAAAGCGAACCCAGAUUGUACCGUCGUCGUUUUUCAACCGUUGAAAAAUGUGAAUAGACAAAAGUGGCACCAGUUUCGUGAAGCAAGGACGAAUACCAGUGUACGCCCAUAGAGAUAGAUAGUAGGCAUUUGCUCAGCAAGCGCAGAUCAAAUGUGAAACAUAACGCGGAGGCAGCAUCUGUGGCGAAGCUUUUCCUACCAAAUACUAGUGUCUUUUACGUUGUGGUGUCGCCUUGGUGAAAAAUCAAUCCCUGCUAAAAAAAAACCCCAUACAACUUGAUCCCUCCCCCACACUGUACGGUUGCUUCCCGGGAACAAUCGGAUCACAUCCGGUACACCCCCCGGGGGGGUAGUGCGGGUACGGCCAUCUCGAAUGUCUCCCGGUGCCAAACGGAAGCUCGACGUACGGCUGUUUCUAUGGGGUCUGUUUCUGCUGCAAAUCUCGCUCAUCUGUCUGUUUCUGCUGUUCGGUUCACUGCUCGUGUCGACCGCAAUCGAUACGGAGGAUGGUACCGAUGGCCCUGCACAAACAGCUGAGCAGCGGCACCAGGAACAGCAGCAGCCGUUGGAAGCCAAUGUACACCGGAUCGCUACGUCGCCGUUUGCCGUUUGGUCCCCGUUUGGCGUUCGAUUCAUCCCCAAUCGAACGGUGGCGCAGCCAACGGAUGGCUCACGCAACGCUGCUGGGAUCGAGCUAUCCAAUGACGUAGCUGCCGCUGGUGCGGAAAACGAUGCUAAUCAGCUGUUGAAGAGCAAAGUGCUGCUACAUCCGAGACAUCCCAAAUAUCAUCCAUGGAUACAGCGCGAUAUACCCAAGGCGGAAUGUGCUGAGAAAUAUUUUAGAACGAUUUCCUACACCGACUGGCAGGGAAUCCGCAAACGACGGUUGUGCUUCGUUGAAGGUACGCAGGGAAAGGCGUUGGUGACUUCUAAGGCAAAUAGCAAGCCCGGCAACAAUGAGACUGAACAGAUAGAUACAGGAAUAAGAAGGCCGGGGUCUGUGGCGGGCACCGGUACACUAACCAAAGCAAAUGAGCUUAGCAACAACAGCCCACCGGCAACGGACGAUGGCAGCGUAAUAGCGGUAGGAGACGACGGUACCGGGCGGUGUCGGUGCAAUCCUCAAUGGCACGGUACCGACUGUGGCCAGCCGGAGGUGAUUUGGCGUGCGUUUAUCACCUCUAAAAUUCCACCUCGCGAUCAGACAGCCGCACCACGCCCCUACGCCCGGAAUCUUUUCUACAUCGUUCAGAGUACCUUUAUCAGUGUGGAGGUGCUAGAAAUACAACUGAUGGAGCUAGCCGAUCAGGUGACGCUCUUCGUGCUCUGUGACCGACCUGCAGGAAUGCCUGGUUCUGCAUCGUACGGUGCCUCAAUCGCACAGCAUGCCGAUGGGACGGAUUUCUUGCGCAUGAUACGAGAUCGAUUGCUCGUCGUGACGGACGCGACAUGCAGCGGGAGAAAUAUGUUCCGCAAGCUACUCAAAUACACCGCGAAAGGUGCAAUCCGUGCGGAUGAUAUUGUGCUGUUCAGCGGCACCGAUGAGAUAUUAAACAGCAAAGCGGUUGCAUAUCUGCGCUGGUACGAUAAUUGGCCACAACCGGUACGGUUCCGCCUGAAGCACAAUGUGUACGGAUUUUUCUGGCAGCAUUCCAGCAACAGUACCGUGAUCGGGAGUGCUGCUGUACAGGUGAGCACACUGCGCGAGGUGUACGGUUCCGAUCCGGAUCGAUUGCUCGCGAUCGAGAAGCCGGUCAUGCUGAUUGGUGAUCUGAAUCACUUCGGUGGUUGGUACUGUCGGCGAUGCUAUCAACCGGGCUCGAUCGUACAGUAUUACGAGCAUCGAGCAGCAUCUGCAGGUGGUGGAUCCAUCACGGAUUCCCUAUAUCUGCCGGAUCCGAAGCGAACAAAGGUACUGAACGAGGAAUACGUACAGCAGCUUAUUGCGGCCGGUAAAGAUCUGGAGGAUGGUGAACGGUCCCUCGAGCGAAUCAGCCGCCGCACAGACAAGUACUAUCAGCCAGAGUACGUGCAUGAAAACAGCUGGAAGUUUGAUAACAUCGUACUGAAUCUGUUUGCCCGCUGGGACGAUAACCUUGCGGACGAUGAUUAUUUUAGCUAGGUUGUACACAAUCUAGAUCAUGCUGAUCUGUUUCCUUCGGCUUUGGAGGAAGGAGAUCGUACCUGAGAGAGUCCGUGGGUGACAAACACGAAUUCUUCCAUCCCACUACCAAAAGCAUCUCAAGGCCAAUCAAUACACACACUCACACAUAAUCAUAAUAUUCUCGGUGUAUGCAAAGCAAAAAUCGGAUCACCACCAGACCCAGAGAUACCCAAACACACAACUAGUCAAAGUAUUCGCACCGCUUGAAACAAAAGCAUCGUAAGUAAUAGGAAAUAUUUAAAUACAAAAAUCAUCACGUCAAGUGGUGUUGGGAAGCCGCCGUAUACGAAACGAUACAAGACUUCAAAUAUAAGCAGGAAUCAUAACGGCUUCCAUCCUUGGAAGCUAAAACACGCUCAUGACAACAUUACAGCCACGUAUCACUCAUCGAAGAAUAAUGGAAAACUAAAUGCGGCAUAAUCAUACCCAUUACGUCAUGCUGAUACUAUCAAUAUUUAUAUACACUCUAGAACGCAAUCCUGAAUAAUUACUACGUCUUCUGUACUGUACUGUGAACGUUUUGGAGGAAUAGAAAACAGGGGACUGAGAGAUGAUGAGCUAGAAGGAAACCCCGACUGCAAUAUGCAAAAGCAAACGAGCAAUUGCCGGGGUCUGCUUAACGGGCACGGAAAAGGAACUAUUCACAGACCUUUAGCUAGACACCAAUUACGUAAUAACGUUUUGAUACUGUAACUCCAGUUUCUUGGGAAGAACGCGGGAAAAGCACCGCAUUACAGUACCUUUCCCAGGAGUAUAGAAUGAAGAGGGGAAAUGCGAAUCUCUAAACGAAGGAAGCCGGAUGUGCAAGAAAAAUGUGAUCGACUGAAGUGAAAACCGUUUGUAGUUCUUAGGGAAGAUAGCGAUAACUCAACAGGGGCGCUUCCAGUUGUACAAAACUCCAACAGAAGCAGCGGAAUGGCGUUUACCUACCUUGCAAGGUAAAGUCCUGCAAAAAGGCAUGUGUACUGAAGAUAGACAUAGACUGGAAGAUAAACCUUGGACAGUGGGUGGGCGCGAGUGAUGAUGUAACACGAAUGCUAGUUAUUUGUUUUGUAAUUUAGGUAAAAUUUGCUAAAAUAAACAUUAACUUCAAAUUAA